AUGCCGGGAGACCUCGAGGAAAGCAUUAAGAAAUUCGAAACUAAAAAGGAAUUUGUGGCGGUGAAGUUAAAAACUCGGCAGUCGUUUCGCGAGGACCAAGUAGCCCUGGAACGGCGGUUGUCCAAAUAUCGGGAAAAGCCGGCAAGAAAAAUGUCCGACGGGACACCGGAGGCACGGACGAACUGUCACGUCAACGGACAUUCGGAAGAUAUCGGUUGUGAGGGUGAAAUCAAUUCAAAACUUGAGAGUAUAGUGAUGGACUUAAGUAAGGAAAACGAAUUACAAAGAACGCCAACUAAGUGCGCUGAGAACAAAUUACAAUUUGAAAAUGGGACAAUAAUUGGUAAACACUCUGUCAAAAGCCCGGGUGCAAAUGACACGGUGGUCAUCAACGAUGAAGUAAGCGAUAAAACAUCGACCCCUGAUGGGCAAAUUAACUUAGCAUACCAGCGUUCCACCUCAGACAUUCGACAAGGUGAAGUUAACGAACGGAAUAACGACUGUGUAACGGAUAACAACAUGAAACCGAACGCUGGACACAGCGAACUUAACGUACUAAGUAACGGCAGUGCAACGAACGAGAAUCGGCAGCCUUACAAUCAGAUGCGCGAUAAUUUAGGCACCAGUGAUAACGUUCAUCAACACCAGCCAGUACUCGAACAUUCCAGUUUGAUAAUGAGGCCAAAGGUCGCUGGGCAUGCGCGUAGUAGUAUGACCCCUGAGCCCCGAAUGAAGGUCGCAAAAGGGAUUUACCAGAAGAACCCCAGAUUGACCGGUGCGUCUACGGAACAUCUGGAUAACAUUUCUGUGAAAGGUCAAAUAUUUGGGCACCGGUUUCAGGACAAGAGCCGCACGGUAGUGACCCAGAUUCCAGCGGCGGAAGUGACGUCAUUACCCGCAGACGGUAAUCUGUGUUCCCUGAACGUGCCGCAGAUGGUGACAGUAUUUCGUCUGCUUAACGUUCCAGACGAACUCGUUGUCAGACUCAGCUCGUGCAAUGUCGACGGCAGACGAUUCGCCGCAUUUUCUGACAAAGAACUCGAUGACUUGAGGAUGAACAAUCCUGUUGUGCGUUACUUCCGGGAUCGAAGCGCCGUCGUGCGGCAGAGGCGUAAGAAGCUCUUUAUUUUAUAACAUCGAACGCGUGUAGGACCUGCGAAAACAUUUCCCUCACGGACUCGGACUCGCUAAGCAUCAACGAUGACUUUAGCCUCACUGGGUCUUUUUGGCCUGAGAUUGUCGUUGUUCCGUUGUUACUGACGCUGUUAAAUUGGUGAUUAUAAUUCCAUCGGCCUAUGGUUGGCCUGAAUUUGUCGUUAUUACGUUACCAAGUAUGUAGACAGCAUAAGUUAAACAGAUGUGCUAUUAAUAUUGUAUCAUAGCAUCAAAGCCAACGAUUUCAAGAAAUGUAAAGAAAUAACGCAACAUAUUCACCUACCCGUGUUUGUUGUUUUGUAAACUCAUGAUUACGGCUUGUUUACAUUAAAAACCUGCAGUAACAUAUAUUCCACUGUAGUAUUAGAUAAAAUAGUUUGCAUAAUUCAUGAAACGUCAACCAUCAAUUCAGAACAAUUUGCAAUACGGUUUCUGACAUCUGAAUUCCAUUUUAUUUCCAUAUCAAUACAUGCAUGCCGUGUUUCUAUAGAACAUGCCGUGUUAGUACAUAGCGGUCUCUGUAUGCGUUUGCAACGUUUUGAAAACACAGAACACGACACCUCGCUCUGUGAUCAUCAAUUUAUUAAACGAUUUUAACAUUUAUACGCAUGCUUAAACUAGUGAUGUCUAAAAGAAAAUAUCGCUUCAAGUUCAUAAUUUAAGAAUGAACAUCUCAUUGCGACAAGCGUGUGUUUGUAAUUACGCGAUAGUCGAGUUAAAAAAAAAUUCGUGGUUUAAAAGAAUUCAUGGUUUUCUGAUUUCGGAACUUAAAAGUUUAAAAUCAGAAAUUGGCAAAUUUAAGUCAUAUUUUUAAUGACGAAAUUUCGUCCUGACGAAAAUAAAUGGUUUCACAGUAUAUGCGACGGUCAUUUUCCGAUGUUUUGCGCUAAAUUAUUUAAUCGGUUAGGCCAUAUAUAUCAACGAAAAGUAAUGUCCCACGAAAAAUAAAGAUUUUACAGUAAGUUUCUCAAGACUCGCUAAUGAAGGAAUACGCAAUCUCAUGAAUCCGUUGUUUUGAAGGAAAUACAGAAAAAUAAUUUCAUCCAUGUUUAGUUCUUUUAUGAUACAUGCAGGUAUAUAUACAUAUGUUAAUGUAUUUGUUUGACAAACUAUUUUAUGUUGCUGCUGAGGUUCCU